CCUUCCACACUACCCUAGCGGUGCUUCGUUGGCGCGGGCACCACGCAGGCAUCCAUCAGGGUCCAUGGCUAUCCUCCGCAGCCUGGCGAUCGGUGCCCUGGCCGCCACCCAGGCGGGAGCCCUCGCGCUCGAGGUCGAGUCUGAGCGCGUGCAGGUGGGGGGCACGCAGGAGAACGCCCUGGCGGCACUGGCGGGCACGCGGGUCAGGACGACGUCGUCACCACACACAACCUGA